UUGUUACAAUCUUCGCGGUUGUUUUAUUUAUAUUAUAGUAUCAGUGAUGAAAUUGAUUGACAAGCUUCUGGUUGAUAAGCAAAUGAUUCAAAGAAAGUUGCAUGAAAGGAGACGGCAACGUGCGCGUCGCGAGUUCUCGGAGAGGCGCGUAACGAAUGGUUGGCGACGUUGACAGAUCUCCGAGAAGUCCUGCGGGCCAGCGACCCAAGGAAGCCGGUUGUCCUGGGUUUGUUUUUGGGUCUGCUGCUGUCUUCUCAGAGAUGUUGUGCGGUUAACGAUGGAAGAACGACGGGUCAACCGUGCGCACGGAUCCGUCGCUCGCCGAGACCAGACGAAGGAAGGAGUGAAGCACACCGUUGACAAUGGCUGUUACGUAAUCCUGCUUACGGACUUGGAUGCGUGUGCAUUACGGGGAUAGAGCGAGACAAAGAUACAGACUACAGACGGUGCGUGUGUAUGUCUCCUCUGUGUAUACAUAAAUAUAUACAUAUGUAUUUAUGUGAGUGUGUGUAAAAAUGUGUAGGUGCAUGUAUGCGUAUGUGUGUAUAUAUGUGUGCUUGUGUGUUGCGUUGUUUUUUUGUUUUGGAAUCCUCCUCCUCUCCUCCUGGCAAUCCUUGUUUAUAAAUGUUUUGUUUUGACAUUGAUUUUGAGAGUUUUGACGUUUAGCCCGGAGAGGUGUACACUGGUGUGCACAAUACUUAGGGUUGGGUACAAUCUGAGAGCGGUGGCAACGUGGAUUCGGUGUGUUUGGAGUAGCGGAAAAACGAUUGUGAGUGAACCCAAAAGUUGUCUGGCGAACAGGGAAGUAGAGGAGGUUCGAGAUAAUGGAGUGGUGGAAGGAGAACGGCCGAUAGUUGCGGACGGAUGCAGUGAACUGGCUGGAACUGGCAACACAAGAACAGGAGCUAGGAUGUCAAAGGAAUAAUAAUAAUAAUAUCAAGAGAGGAGAAGAAAGAGAGAAGGACUCGGUGCGUGCGUGUGCGUGAGUGCGUGCGUUUGCAAGUGUGUGCGCGCUCUGUUGAGAUUGCGGGGGUGUCGGGGGCAGAAAGGGGGGCUCCUGGCCUGUUAGUUGGUUGAAUAGGUUGAAUAUCUCGCUGGCUCCGCCGUGGGUGUCGUGCAUGUUAUGAUUUCUGUGCGAUCAAAACGUUGUUAGGUAAUGCGGCCGUGUCCGUCCUCGCUCAAAUGUCGCUUGGCUUGAAAGGGGAAAUGAACCUGUUGUACUUCCAUUUCACCCAAACCACAGGUAAACAGGUGUAAACAUUCCCUGGUAAUAUGUUUAGACCAACAAGAUCAGUACCUCCUGCACCUCAACCAAAUAGGACUUGACCAUUUAUAUUACUUGUAUAAAAAAUGCACCAAAACCAAACGAGUGUGCUUUUGUGAGUUCAUGAGCAUAUAACUCCCAAAAUCAGUGCCAAAAGUGACCCUUAUAAAUAAAACCUUUAUAAUUAGUGCCUGGCAAAAACUGUAAAUAAGAUAUUUACAAAAUAUUAGAAAAAAAAAAUUAUAAACAAUCACAAAGAAAUUAUGAGUAAGUACAUCAACUUAUCCACCUGCUCCUGGAAACUGACUGUAAUCACCUUGAUUCUAGACAAUGAGUUUUUGAACCCUGCUUGAUUUCUGUUGUGCUUUUGUGAUCUGCAUCAACAUGGAUGCAGGGGUUUGCAAGUUGCCCAAAAAGAGGAAGUUUGACCUCUCCGAACUGGAGGACAGAGAGACAGCUUCUGCUGUCUGUGUGCCUGUCUCUGUUGUGCAAAGUGCAAUACCUGUUGCUCCACCGCAGGCAACUGCAGUUGACUACUCCUGUCCAAUUAAAGUGGAAGAAGAGCAUGUGCAAAGGCACAGCAACAUCGAUCUCAGUGAAUGGAAGGACCAUCGUGUGCUAGCCAAGCAAGGAGACUGGUAUUACCCAGGUGUCAUCAGGAAUGCUACAGACACAGAUAUUUCUGUAGAAUUGGAUAGUUCACAAUCGACAAUUAUCCAGUUCAAAAACGUUCUGCAGAUAGAAUGCUACGAUGUGAUAGGUGACGCGAGCCCUUCCAUCCACGAGUUGAGACUGGGGACAAGGGUGUGCGUGCGACAUAACCAAGGUUUCAUCGAGGGUGUCGUCUGCGAAAUCAUCGAGGGCAGUCCGAUACGGUUUAGGGUGGCUGUCGUUCGGGACAGGGAUGAGCUGACGGCGAAGAGGGCUGAUCUUAGGCUACUCAGACAACCUUGGUGGGAUGAAUUAGAAACGUUCACACCGCUGACGUCCGAGAAUUUGUCCUUGAUCAAUCAACCGAAUGAUUAUAGUAGAAAUGCUGCAACCACGCCGGUAUCCGUCUGCACACCCUUAUCAAAUGGUCGACACUACGAUGAUUAUGGAGAGAGCGACGACGAGCUACGCAGGGAGGAUAUCAACUUCCCUUUGGAGAUCGACACCAAAUUGUCUGGGAGCAGUAAAAGAAGCAGCAGCAUUCAAAGCAGGGGUAGUUCGAGCAGUAGUAUAACACCACGUUCGCAACCAACGACGCCGCGCAGUCAGGCUGCUACUCCUCACAAAUACAAGAAGGGAGAUAUCGUAGAAAAUCCAAAUGGCAUCCGCAAGAAGUUUAAUGGUAAGCAGUGGCGCAGGCUGUGCUCCUUCGGUGGUGGUAUCUGCACCAGAGAGUCCCAGCGCAGGGGCUUCUGCUCUAGGCAUCGCAGCCUAAAUAUGAGGGGAAGCACCCAGUUUCCCAGAUCCAACAGUAAGAAUGACGGCGAAGAGACUAGCAGGGACUCGGAAACAUCCCCUAAUUGCAACGAGCGGCGAAUUGCCGGGCGAUUCGAUCAAGACGAAACCGAAGCUGCCAACAUGCUCGUUUCGCUGGGGAGUUCACGAUCCGCCACCCCCGCGUUCUCGCCAAAUGGGCAAGGCUCGUCACCGUUGACUAUGCAAUCACCGUUGACUGUCGGCUCUAAGCAGAACGUAUUCAUGCCAAUCACCAGCCACCAUGGCAUUAUGAAAAGAACCUCGCCCGGCUACAACAUACCCGCGUCUUACCAUCAUCAACCCGUUAUAAGACCCGAGUUGGUUCGGCCAGUUCAAGCGAACAAUAGUGUAAUAAGAAUAUCUCCUAAUCCAAGUCCGUGGUCUCCUGCCGUCUCCGAGCAAAGUGUCAUCUUACAAAAUGCCUUGACCAGUCCAGCUUCUCAAAGCACUCCAGAACCUGAUGGUACAGUUUACUGUGUUCUACCGCCGGUGCAAGAGAAUAAUCUCAUGGUGAUAAAGAACGAGAUGUCCAAUGAAAAUAUGAAAGAAACGCAGUCACCACAGUCAUCAUUCCAAAGACAGAUUAUUCAGAACGAUCAUAUUCAGAGGUCUUCAAUCGGAGUAUCGACGAGUCAGCCAAUGCGGAGCGUUGGAAGUAUGAAUUCAGGAGGUGCCAUAUUACCAGUCAUAGUACAUCCGACCCAAUUAGUGCCUGUACUACCAGCUGCAAGUCAGCCGACGCAAUCUGUUGUUAAGCGAACAUCGUCUUUGCCGCAGACGACGACGGUUGUGCCUAGUUCAUCCAGUAUAAUCAUCAAGUCUGAACAUAUUGCAUCAAACUCAAGCAUAAUUAGUCAGAAUAAUAUGAUUGUUAAUAAUCAUAAUCACCAUAAUCAUAACCACGAGAAAUCGAGCAUCAUACAAUCGGUGCAGACACCGAUCAUGCAAAAUUCAAGUGCACAGUUGACACCGGUUACCCCUCAGCAAUCGCAAUCAGCGUUUAUGAUACCAUGGCAUUCACUGCUGCCUCUAUUAACGACAAAUCAAUCUAAUGUUUCGCCACCGCCAUCUGAGCUGUCGCCACCUCUGUCAGCGCCACCUAUACCUGUACAGCUGCCCGCACCUGUGUCAGAACUUGUCGAAGAUGAGGUCGACCCAGAGCAGAUACCGCUGCCAAAUGAAGAUGAUGAUGACGUGUUCGAAACAGAACCACCAGACACACCUAACGAAAGUGCAAACUCGAAUGGAAAUAAACGACGAAGCCAGUCGCUUAGCUCCUUGCAGAAUACCAAAGAGCCAGGCGCGAAAGGUAGAGAACGUAUCAGACGACCCAUGAAUGCGUUUAUGAUCUUUUCUAAACGUCAUAGGGCUGUAGUGCACGAGCGACAUCCGAAUCAAGACAACAGGACGGUUUCAAAAAUAUUGGGCGAAUGGUGGUACGCACUGGGGCCUGACGAGAAAAAGCAGUACCACGAGUUGGCCUUGGAAGUGAAAGAAGCUCACUUCAAGGCCCAUCCUGAAUGGAAAUGGUGUAGCAAGGAUCGAAGAAAGUCCUCGACAGGAUCCGGUAGGAGCAAACUCAGCUCGACCGGCGAUAGUGGUGAACCCACCGAGAUGCCAAUGAGCCCGAGGACGCAAUCACCGCAAAUGAUUAGCUCUGAGCAACGAAUUAUUGUGCAAGAACAAGAUAAUGGCGAAAUCUCGGAUGACGAUCAGAUGGUUAUUUGCGAGGAGCCAACGCCGGAAAUUGACUUAAAGUGCAAAGAAAAAGUGACUGAUUCCGAUUCAGAGUCUCACAGUGAUCACGAGGUUGUGGUGGAGAACAGGGUAUUUCCACAGAAAAGAUUUAGUCCAGUGCUUAGCAACAACCCUUCUGAAAUUACAUGCCGGCCAAAGCCAAUCAAAGCACGAAUUCCGUCAACAGAGAUUACUCCAAAGUAUAGCCCCGUGCCUACAUCAACAGUACUUUUUCAAUAUCAAUCUCCUGUCAAUCCAACGGGAGUCACAGGAUUUCAACCUACAGGCGGCGCGUUUGCUUCUCCCAAAUCAAUUAAGUCGGAAAUUAAAACAGAGUUAAACGAGAAUCAUUCUAAUAACUGGACAGGAGGUUCGUUUAUAAUUAAUAACAAAUCGGACCCGAUCCCAUCUUCGAGUGUACCGAAAUCUGAACCCAUGUGGACCUCGACACAAUCAGUUGUGAAAUCCUUGAAUAUUAACAACAAAAUUUCUAAUUCUAUCCCACCCAUCUCGCCGAUUACAAGAAACAACUUCAACCAACCGUCGAGUGAGCAGUAUACAGCUCAACCUCCAAUGAGACUAACGUUUUUGAAUCCCAAUAUGGGCGUGCAAAACACAUACUGCUUGACCGGUGAUGCCGAUCGAAGCAAUGUCGUAGUCGUUGCAUCUACUUCUUCUGACCUAAAGUAUGUGUAUAUGCAGAACUCAUUUCAACCCGACUCAAAUGGUAGGGUCACUCUACAACCUGUGCAAAUUGUACCGAAGUCUGCUGCACAGUCAGUCAUUGUCAGUCAAGCUCAGAAUAGACAUAAUAAUAGCAAUACUAAUCAACAGCAUGAAUCUGUAGUUACUUCAACUCCAAAUAUCCAUUCAACUGGAAGUGCAUUCUCCUAUAAUCAAGUUAAAACGGAGAGUGAACUAAAAUCACCCGAUGGCUUAUCGCCAAAUGAAGUGCCUCCAUCACCGCGAAUUUCAGAAAUUAAUGUACCCGAAAUGGAUAAGGAGUUUAAAUUGGCGCCAACACCGGCUCAGUUGGGCAGAGCCCCCUUACAAAGAAGGCAAACAAAAGCGGUGUCGACCAAUAUAUCUCAGAAUAACCAUAACACCACCAUCAACAACAACAAUAACGGUAUAGCUAUAUGCAGCAUCGAAGAACAACAACAACAAAGUAUAACAUCUAUAGACGGUCUUGUAUCACCGUUGACGAAAAAGAAUAUGUUCAAAAAAACCAAGGAGGAUGGAAUGGAUCGCGUUUUGGAACAAGUAAACUUCAGCCAGAAGUUUUCAUCGUUGCCUCAAUUCAAACCGGAUGAAUGCCAAUCUCCCAGUGCCAUCGUGGUAGCACCGAGUCCUCGAGUUUUUGCUAAUUACAAGAAGAGACCUAUGAAUUCGGCCCACCGAACAUCCAUCGACGAAGAUCCCGAACCCGAAACUCCGUUGUCCAGCAGUGCCAAAGUAACAUCGGCUUCUAAAAAUGUAGCUGGUACAUUUUUCUUUGGACCAGAAUUUAAUAUAGAAGAUGUAGAUAGUAUGGGUGAAGCCAGUUCUCCUAGAACACCGAAGACUCCCGGUACCUCCCGGGAUUCCGACAAAGGACACCGAAAGAUACUCGAGAAAAAGAGGAUUCUUGUGUUAAAGCUCUUUGAACUUCAUACGCUGUUCCCGUCGCAGCAAGCGACAACGGCUUUCCAGGCGCAGCACUCGGAUGUGUUUCCGAACAAAUCGAGUCUUCAGCUGAAGAUACGAGAGGUAAGGCAGAGGCUAAUGGCCCAGAAUUCGCACAGUGCGAAAAGUAUUAACAGUCCUUUAACGCCAGCUGACCAUAAUAUACACGUCUCAUCAAAUAGUUAGCCAUUUAAGUGCAAUACAAGUAUGGUCUUCCUUUCUCAUCACCGUUUUGCUACAAACUGGAUGAAAACUGUUAUUUUAUUAAUUUCUUUCAAUUAAAUUAUUGUUGCUCCAUUUUAGUAUAUAC